AAAAAGAAUUGGCUAAAGUUUACAAAUCGGGAAAAUCCGGGACAGGUGCGGAUGACAUCUAUAAACCUACGUUGUGGUACUUCGACCUGCUGCAUUUUUUUAGAGACCAGGACUCUGCAAGACCUAAUACGAGUACAAUGAGUGAUGCGGAUCAAGAAACACAAGAAGAUGAGGAUUCAGAAUCUACUGAUCUACCCCAUUCCCAACAAGGAGAUGAGGCUCUUCCAACAUCAGGUGAUGAUGGAUCAAGCACAUCACUAAGUGUGUCAUCAUCAACAGUUAUAUCGAGGGUACCAAAGACGCUAUGUAAGAGAAAAAAGAUGCUGACUCCGGCAGAUGAGAUGAUGCAGUUUGCGGGAGAGCAGCUACAAAGUAUUCGUACCUCGAUUCGUACUGAUGAUGAGUUCGAUGCCUACGGAAAUGAUAACAUUCUACAGCUCCCAAACGCUCCAGCAUUAUACCUCCAAACUCUCAACCAUGAUACUCCUGAAGUCUCUAACGUGACACUACCAAACGUUCAAACAAAUAAAGCUGAACAACCCAAUGCUCACCAAUCAGAAUCACAACAACUCAACAAUGCUUCAGCCUUCUUUUCAAAUUUCUCGGCAUAG